CACGCACUCGUCAUAAAGUUCCCAAAUGCAGCCAAUGAACGAGCAACAAAUGUGCAAACUUUCGAAGCGCCAUUGAAGAUGACGGCGAUUGAGCGCUUUAUAGGAAGCUCGCUCGCUGAGUUCUUUCGGCUCGUUUGGUUCAGUGGAUUCGCCUGCUCGCACCUCUUCACGCAGCUCAAGCAGGUCCGAACGCUUCCUCCCUUCCUAGUCAUCCUCGAAAGAAGAUGAACUUCUCCAAGCUGCUGUGCUUGGUGCUCGUGUGCAGCGAGCCAUUUGGGCAAGUGCUGGCAGCAGAGCAGACAGGUGAAACUUGCACGGGCACCGCUGGCACAACUGUGACGUGCAAGCGCAAGAAGGACGAAACCGUCAAAUUGACAAUCGCAGGCACAGCUAACAAUCCUGUCAGAUGGAAGAAAGGAACUACUACAAUAUCGGCACAAGCUGCUAAGUAUGAGUUAGAUGGUGACAAAAACAAAAUACUGACGAUCCUGAACCUGAAAGAAGGCGACGAGGAAACCUACACGGCCGAAGGCACCUCACCGGUCGAAAAGUUCCAGGUCCAAGUGGUGGACUGCUUGGGUGGCAAAACCUCCGAACCAGCCGGCCUGUGCCAGGGCAAGCCGGGUGGCAGCAUCAAAUUGGGGCUGUCAGACGACGGAAGUGGCACCUCACUCUCCUGGAAGAAGGGCACGGACACGAUUGCGAUCAGUGGUGACAAGUACGGUCCAGUCAACGAGGCUACCCUGAUGAUCAAGAACCUGGACGACGCCGACGAGAAAGAGUUCACGGGCGGCCCUACCGGCUCAGAAGAAAAGUUUUCUGUCCAAGUGGCCGACUGCUUUGGCGCCACGGGAACCGUGCAGUGCCAGGGCAAGCUGAACGAAGCCCUCAAAUUGAGAAUCUCAGACGCAGUUAGUGGUUCUAAAGUCGUCUGGACGAAAGAGGAAGGCGUGGUCCCCGCCAGCAGCCAGAAACUAGGAACCAAGGAUGAAGGUCUGAAAUUCCCGUCCCUGGCACCAGCCGACGCGGGAACCUACAAGGCCACCUACGGCGGCAACACUGUGUCCUUCGCUGUCCGCAUUCCGGAUACGAAAGGAACCAGUGAGAGCGACACCAAAAAGGAGUCAACUGAGAACGGCAAGGACAACAGCGGCGGCGGCGGCAGCAGUAACAGUGGCACUGACCAAGUCAAUUUGGACAAGGGCAACGGCGGCGGCCUGUCCUACUCACCUGCUCUGCUGGUGACGGUCACCCUGGUGCAUCUGCUGCUUCAGCUGGCCGCCUAG